CUGAGGCACCGAACCGAGAGCUUCCUGGCGUCGAGAACGCUCACCGUCUCUGCCGCCGCGCUACCCAAAGCCACAACGCUUCAAGAAAUUGCUUCCAGUCACUCUAAAAGUGGCAGUGCUAAGGUUGUCCUGAAAAAGGGUAAAACUCAAUUGUUCAAAGAUGGUAGCCCGAUGGUAUACAGCGGUGCUGUUGAUAGAAUAAUCGGUAGGCCGCCACCUAUAACAGGAGACGUUGUUCUUGUAACUGAUGGGACAGAAAAGCCAAUCGGCUGGGGUUUAUAUAAUUCAGUCUCUAUGUUUUGUGUCCGCCUAAUGCAGCUGGAAGAUGAAGCAACUCGAGACGAGGAUUCUCGCGGGGUUGAGACUACCUCAUGCGGCUGAGACGAAACAAGGUUCGAUGACCAAAAAUCAACGUUUUCCACCCCAAUUCUUCUUC